CAGAUCACAAAGCUCUAAACCACCACCAUCAAUGGCGGCCACUACUCCAUCUUCUCUACUCCCAAAAUCGAUUCCACCAUUUUUCACAAACCCGACUACACUUUCCUCAACCCGAUUCCCAAAUCUCUCUUUUCCAACCAAUCCAACAGAUCGCCAACCUCAUUCCACCACUAGAACACCAACUGUUCGACCAAAUGCCAAGAAGAGAAACGAGUGGCUCGACCCUUUCGAUACAGGGGAGGACCCGGAUAUGGAGUACGGGUCGCAGUAUUCCGAAGGUAAGCAAUCGGAGGACCCACGACCGCCGGAGAAUCCCGAUAAUCCAUACGGGUUUCUCAAGUUUCCGAUGGGAUUCAUGCCGGAAGUUGCAUCGUUGGGGCUUAAAAUCCGGGGGGAUGUUCGGAGAUGUUGUUGUGUGAUUUCGGGUGGCGUUUACGAAAACCUGCUGUUUUUUCCGACGAUUCAAUUGCUUAAGGAUCGGUAUCCCGGGGUUCAGGUGGAUGUUCUCAGUUCAGCCAGAGGGAAGCAAACUUAUGAGAUGAAUAAGAAUGUGAGAUGGGCUGAUGUUAUUGAUCCAGAUGAUGAUUUCCCUGAGCCUGCAGAAUAUCUUGAUUUACUUGGACUUAUUAAGAAUAGGUAUUACGAUAUGAUUCUAUCGACCAAACUGGCCGGUGUGGGACAUGCAUCGUUUUUGUUCAUGUCAACGGCUAGAGAACGAGUGGGUUACAUAUACCCGAAUGUCAAUUCAGCAGGAGCGGGAUUAUUUAUGUCAGAAACAUUUACACCGGAUCGGUUGAAUCUCUCUGAGGGUGGAUAUCACAUGUACCAUCAAAUGACGGAUUGGCUAGCAAGACCAGGUCGGGGUGUGCCGAGGCAAACGGUUCCACCACUUAAAGUAUCAAUGUCUCGAAAGCUAAAGGACACGGUAGCGGCAAAAUACAAGGAUGCUGGUGUUGAGAAAGGGAAAUAUGUAGUGAUACAUGGGAUACAAUCAGAUUCAAAAGCUUCUAUGCAAUCUAGGGGAGAUGUUGAUAGCUUACUGCCCCUGCAUAUAUGGGCAGAGAUAACAAAGUCUAUAAGAGGAGUUAAACCAGUCUAUGUGAUCCCUCAUGAGAAGGAAAGAGAGAAUGUGGAAGAAAUUAUAGGAUAUGAUGCCAAUAUAGUAUUCAUCACCACACCAGGGCAGUUGGCUGCCCUUAUCAACGAUUCCGUUGGGGUCAUAUCUACAAACACAGCAGCCGUACAAAUAGCACGAGCUCGUGAAAAACCCUGUGUGGCAUUGUUCGGUUCUGAAGAGAAAGCGAAACUGUUUCUUCCGAACCUAGAAGACAAUAAUAAAUUCAUAAUAGCUUCAUCAAAGACAGGGAAGCUAGUAGACAUUGAUACAGAUGCUGUCAAAAAUGCAGUCCAGAUAUUUGAGAUGCCACUGGCAAUUGCUUAAUGGAUGAAGAUGAACAGAAUGUUAGUUUUCUUUAAAUGUUAUUCAUUCAGCUGUAUAUUUGACAUCAAAAUUGUUGUUGGAAUCCAGCUUCAGAUGAUGUUGUUGCAUAUAUAACAUCCAUUCGCGGAUCUGUAAAGGGCUCGGUUCAGCCACGCGAUAACUGGGCCAUUGCCAGAUUAAGUUAAUUUACAUGUUUAAUCUCUUACACGAAAC